UUUCCGGUUUAUCGCAGGACUUGCAAAAUAAAAUAAAUGUAGAGAACAAGAACUGUUAAAUUUAUUUGUUGUAUUUAUUGCAACUCUCAACAACUUACGAAAAUGCCGCGUAUUAUGAUAAAAGGUGGUGUUUGGAGAAACACCGAGGAUGAAAUUCUCAAAGCAGCUGUUAUGAAAUAUGGCAAAAACCAAUGGGCACGUAUUGCAUCUCUACUGCACAGAAAGUCUGCCAAACAAUGUAAAGCUAGAUGGUACGAGUGGCUGGAUCCCAGCAUUAAAAAAACAGAAUGGAGCAGAGAAGAAGAAGAAAAGCUGCUUCACCUGGCCAAACUGAUGCCCACACAGUGGAGAACUAUUGCUCCCAUCAUUGGCAGGACAGCUGCUCAGUGUCUGGAACACUACGAGUAUUUGCUUGACAAAGCCCAAAACAGAGAGGCUGACAACGAGGAUGAUCCCAGAAAGUUAAAACCUGGUGAAAUUGAUCCUAACCCUGAGACAAAGCCAGCUAGACCAGAUCCAGUUGAUAUGGAUGAAGACGAGUUGGAAAUGCUGUCUGAGGCAAGAGCUAGGCUUGCAAAUACACAAGGCAAAAAGGCCAAAAGGAAGGCUAGAGAAAAACAGUUGGAAGAGGCCAGACGAUUGGCUGCUUUACAGAAGAGGAGAGAACUGAGAGCUGCAGGAAUAGCUGUAAAACAGAAGCGCAGAAAGAAGAGAGGAGUUGAUUACAAUGCAGAAAUUCCAUUUGAGAAGCGUCCAGCUCCUGGCUUCUAUGACACAUCGCAAGAAGUUUUUGAUCCCUUAAACCCCAACUACAAGAGGUUACGACAACAAAAUUUAGAUGGAGAUCUGCGUAGAGAAAAAGAAGAGAGAGAGAGAAAGAAGGACAAGCUAAAACAGAAAAAAAGGAAAGAAAAUGAUCUUCCUGGAUCAAUAGCCAGUCAAGCCAAUUUCCAAGAGCCAGUGAAGAAGAGAAGCAAACUUGUACUGCCAGCACCACAGAUCUCAGAAGAGGAACUUGAAGAGGUAAUCAAAGUAGGUCAAGCUAAUGAGUAUGCCAGACAGCAAGUUGAGGAAUCUGGUCGCGAUGACUCCGCCUCUAAAGGUCUGCUGCAGGAUUACAACAUCACACCUGGCGGCGUCAACCUGCGCACACCUAGAACACCUGCUGUACAAGACACUAUUCUCCAGGAAGCUCAAAACAUAAUGGCCCUGACCAAUGUGGACACCCCACUGAAGGGAGGUUUGAACACACCACUACAUGACAGCGACUUCAGUGGGGUCACCCCCCAGAGGCACGUUGCUGCCACCCCCAACACUGUGUUAGGAACCCCACUUAGAACUCCCGGACACCCAGACAUAGGAUUAACACCCAGACCAGGCAUACAGAGACCUAACACUGACCAGUCCACUCCUAUGUCCACACCACUAAGAGACAAGCUGAAUAUUAAUGAGGAUGAUGAUAUGGGAGAAAAGAUGUUCCAGCCUGAUCAGCUGGAUCAACUCAGGAAAGGACUGGCUGGUCUCCCCAUGCCUAAAAAUGAUUAUGAAAUAGUUGUGCCAGAGGACGAGCAGGGGAUGGAUGGGGAGGGCCACGGGACCAGGAGGGUGGUGGAGGAUCAGGCAGACCUGGACGAGAGAGCCGAGUGGGAGAAGGAACAGAAACGUCUGGCUGAACUCAAGCUGCGGUCACUCGCUGUCCAGAGGAGUUUGCCCCGCCCCUACGACGUGAACACAAACAUCAUGCGACCCUCGGGUCCUAAUGACCCCCCUUUGACAGAACUACAAAAGGCAGAAGAGCUGAUCAAGCAGGAAGUACUGAUAAUGCUCCACCACGAUGCUGUCUUCUGUCCUACUGAUGCUCAGAUGGGUGUGGGGCCAGGUGCUAAAACCCCAGCCCCACAGAAGGUAGCAGCCAACCAGGCAGCACAUUUGGCCUAUCUGGACAAGAACCCCUACACUGAGAUAGAUCCCAAUGAUAUGAAAAAGGCUGAUGAACUGCUGCAGAAAGAAAUGCUGGUUGUUAAGGAAGGAAUGGGUCAUGGUGACCUCUCACAAGAAGCUUUUGCUCAGGUCUGGGAGGAGUGCUACUCACAGGUCUUGUUUUUACCCAGCCAGAACAGAUACACCAGGGCCAACUUGGCCAGCAAGAAGGAGAGAAUAGAGUCACUAGAGAAGAGAUUAGAGACCAACAGGAACCACAUGACCAGAGAUGCCAAACUAGCUGCCAAGUUUGAGAAAAAAUUGAAAAUUUUAUUAGGUGGAUACCAGUCCAGAGCCCAGGGUUUGGUGAAACAGUUCCAGGAAGUGACAGAACAAAUAGAGAACACACGUGUUGAGCUGAACACAUUUGAACACUUAAGGCAGCAUGAACUGGGAGCCAUUCCAAAGAGAUUAGAGUCCCUGACAGAGGAUGUCCAGAGACAGACAGAGAGAGAGAGAGAAUUACAAAGACGUUUCAGUGAACUGCAGCACCAACGAGAUAUUUUGUACAACCAGGAGAACUAGGUUUUGUCACUGUGUCUAAGUCUAGUGUCUUUUUUCACCUGUCUGUAUGGGGGAAUAAAGUUGUCUGACACAUUUUUUCACCUGUGGACAUCAUAUUUUGGCUAGUUCUCUCACCUUCAGUGCUGUCUUAAUGUCACCUAGACCAGAAUACCUGAGAAUAACUGACUAAAGUUUGUAGAGCUUGUUCAGACAGGACUGUGUUUAGUACAGCUACUUGUAGGAAUGUGGGGUCGUCAGUCUGUUCUGUUAUCAAAAAUGUAUGACAACUUUUAUAUAUUUUUAAUGCAGUUCCAUUGCUAAUUUCUAAAGUAUUCUUGUUUUUGUGUGGGGAGGUGUCCUCAAAAUAAAAAUUUUUAAAUGUG